AUGAUUUGCUUGCAUGAUGAGCCCACUCCAACUAAGGCCCCGCCAGGUCCGCUCGCUCGCAUUGGUCCUAACGAGCUGGUAACGAGCGACCCCGUUCUCCUCCGUCGUAUGCUUGGUGUACGGUCCAAGUACAAGCGGUCAGACUGGUACAUUGCCAUGCGGUUUGACCCGCGCCGGGACAAUGUCCUCUCCCAACAGGACAAUGAUCUACAUCAUGUCCUACGCACCAAGAUGGCUGCCGGUUAUUCUGGUAAAGAAGUCGACGCACUGGAACACAAGGUGGACCGCAACGUGGCCGCGCUCGUGAACCUCAUCGCCAAAUAUGCCUCCGCCCCUGGUGGUCCCAAGCCCUUUGAUUUUGGCCGCAAGGCCCAGUACUUUACCCUCGAUGUCAUCUCCGAUAUCGCCUAUAGCGAGCCAUUCGGCUGCCUCGCAACCGACUCGGAUGCCUUUGGCUACAUCGCUGCCGUCGAAGAGAAUAUGCCCGCCAUUAUGUUCGUCUCUGCGAUACCUCGUCUAAACUGGAUCUUGAAGUCAAGUAUCGUACGAAUGUUCAUGCCGUCAGAUAAGGAUCAACUUGGCUUUGGCCGUGUAAUGGGUAUAUGCAAGCAAAAGGCCGCAGAGAGGUUCGGGCCUGACCGGAAGGACCAGCAGGAUAUGCUCGGAUCCUUCGUCCGCCACGGCCUAACUCAACCGGAGGCCGAAUCCGAGACGCUCUUGCAAAUCUUGGCUGGAUCCGAGACAACUGCCACUGCCAUCCGCGCCACCUUGCUCCACAUCAUCACAAACCCUCGCGUCUAUAGUAAGCUCGCCGCCGAGAUCAGAGCCUCCACACACCUCCCCUCGCCGAUCCCCGAUGCCGAAGCUCGCAAGCUCCCAUAUCUCCAGGCUGUCAUCAAGGAAGGCCUCCGGUUCUGGCCGCCCCUUACAGGCGUAAUGUCCAAAGUGGUCCCCCCAGAGGGAGAAGACUACAACGGCACGUUCAUCCCGGGUGGUACUGUACUUGGAUACUCUGCAUUUGGCCUUUCCCGUAACAAGGACGUCUGGGGUGAGGACGCAGACGUAUUCCGACCCGAGAGAUGGUUGGAAGGAACAAAAGAAGAGCUCCGAGCCAAGGAGUCGGCCGUAGAUCUAGUGUUUGGACACGGAAGGUGGCAGUGUCUCGGUAAAAAUAUUGCCUACAUGGAGUUGAACAAGAUCUUUUUCGAACUGCUUCGUCAUUUUGAUAUUAAUGUCCUGGACCCUACCAAUGUAUGGAAGUCUACCUGUGCUGGUAUUUUCAUGCAGCAUGAUUUCUGGCUAUUGGCUACAAAGCGUGAUGAGGAGUAG